AUGGUAUCGCUUCAUUUCAGGUUAUCCCGAUCGGUUAUCGCUCUUGGAGUUGCUCUCACCUUGGCGACUUCAGCGGCUGCAGAAUGUACUCGUGAAAGUCUUUUGGCGGUAGCCAACAGCUAUCUUGCAGCUCAGACCAGCGGCAAGACGGAUGGCCUCAAGCUGGCGGCCAGCAAUUUCACCUACCAAGAAAACAAUAAGAAGGCCGACAUCGCCAAGGGUCUCCUAAGCCAGCCCCUGAAAAUUGACCUCAACCGCUCCACAGCCGACACCGUAGCCUGUGCAAGCUACUCAAUGUUCAUCUCGUCAACUGGUUCGAAGCCCUACGUCGUCGGUACGCAGAUCCGCUACAACGGGAACGACACAAGCUCCAUUGCGCUCAUCGACACGAUUCAUGCGACGACAGGCGACCUCUUCUUCAACGCCAAGAAGACCCUCGACUACAUUCAGAAGGAAGAUUGGACCGACUUAGAGGCGUCUAAGCGUCCAAGUCGUGACGUUCUCAAGAAAGCGGGCGAUGCUUAUCUUGACAUGUGGACGGAUGCGAAGGCGGCGGACACGAUCCCCUGGGGCACAGACUGCGAACGUGUCGAAGGAUCCCAGUACACGAGACCCUGUGGUGGCUCUCUUCCGAGAGGCGGUAGCGCAAAGCCGAAUGGGAAUCGUCGCUAUGUCAUUGAUGAGGUCGUGGGCUCCGUAGAUGUUCUAUGCUCUUUUGAUUCCUUGGGUAACAUGCCUGAUUCUCACGAAAUCAGAAUCCAGGAUGGAAAGGUGAAGUACGUGCACACCAUUACAGCUCUUGGUAGAUAG